AUGUUAGUGCAUUCAGAUUACAAACCUUAUCAGUGUCCAGAGUGUGGGAAGAGAUUCAAGUGUCUUAGCUAUAUUAAGAAGCAUAGAAAGGUGCAUACGGAUCAAAAACCGUUUGAAUGUGCUGAGUGUGGCAAAAAAUUUAGAGAACGUGGACAUAUAAAUCGACACUUGUUAGUGCAUUCAGAGUGUGGGAAGAGAUUCCGUCUCCGUGGAGCCAUGAAGAGGCAUAGGAUAGUGCAUACAGGUCAAAAACCUUUUGAAUGUGCUGAGUGUGGAAACAAAUUUAAAGAACGUGGAACUAUGAUAAAACACAUGUUCGUUCAUUCAGAAUCACUGACUUAUGAUCUUAUGAAUUUUAAAUCCUCUCCAAAUUUGUGUAAGGUUCUUUUUAUACUGCCAAUACUGAAAUGUGUGAUGAUCGGUCAGGCUCUGGAAGACCCUAUGGUGGCACUGCUAUCCUGGACCUAG